CUUGAACCAUGGCUACAUCAACCAACGCUGCGCUCUGUUUCUUCCUCUUCCUCCUCCCUCUCUCGAUUAACGCCGCCACUUUCCAGAUCGUCAACAGAUGCUCCUUCACCGUCUGGGCCGCAUGGGCCACCACCGGCCCCCGCGCAGGGGGCGGUAACCGGCUCAACUCCGGCCAGUCCUGGACCAUCAACAUCAACGCCGGCGCCACCGGCGGCCGCAUCUGGGCCCGCACCGGGUGUUCCUUCGACGGCAAUGGCCGAGGUAGCUGCCAGACAGGAGACUGCGGCGGGGUGCUGCAGUGCCAGGGCUACGGCCGGCCGCCCAACACCCUCGCCGAGUUCGCCCUCAACCAGUUCAACAACCUCGACUUCUUCGACAUCUCCAACGUGGACGGGUACAACGUGGGGUUAGACUUCAGCCCCACCAGCGGCGGGUGCCGCGGGAUCCGGUGCGCCGCCAACAUCGUGGGGGAGUGCCCGGCGCAGCUGAGGGCGCCGGGGGGCUGCAACAACCCCUGCACCGUGUUCGGGACGCAGCAGUACUGCUGCAACAAUGGGCCGUGCGAUCCCACGGAUUUUUCAAGGUUCUUCAAGACGCGGUGCCCGGACGCGUACAGCUACCCGCAGGACGAUCGAACCAGCACCGUCGUCUUCACCUGCCCCGGCGGCACCAACUACAGAGUCACCUUCUGCCCUUGAUCGACUUGAAGCAGGAGAUCGUAUAUAAUUAAGUAUAAGACAAUAAGAUUUUCAAGGAUCUAUUUGACACGUUUCUAUAGUCAAUAGUGCAGGGAGAAUAAAACAGUCUGCUAGAUUCACGCCUGUUACUCAUUAAUAAAUAAUUAUUAGAUUGUCAUAGAUAUGACAACUCAAGGCUAUAUUUAGUGUGUUUUUGCCCUUUGUUUACUACUGUGCAUUUAUUAUAUAUAUAGUGUGAUUCCUUACCUCGGGAUCAAAUUGGUUAUUGGGCAGUCAAAAUUGUGAUAAGCGUACCCGAAGCUAUUUCUGGAAUAGGAUCGCCUUUGGUAGAGUUAUUACGUGGAAGUGGUAGUGUGGGCCAAUCUACUUUAACUCGUUUUUAUAGUUUACACACUUUUGUAUUGCCUCUUCUUACUGCCGUAUUUAUGUUAAUGCAUUUUCCAAUGAUACGUAAGCAAGGAAUUUCUAGUCCUUUAUAGAAUCAUAGAUAUUUGUAAUUGAUCAUAUCUUACUGGCGAGGAACGAUAGACAAUAAUAUUUCAUCAUUGCUAGAAAUAUGGAUUAUUGAAAAAGUAAGACAUGUUAUUUGGAUAUUUUUCUUCAACUUAAAAAUAUUGUAUUCCUUAUUUGAUAUAAAUAGUUGAAGUAGAUUUUCCGAGUAUAGGGUGGAUUAUGGGAGU